CCCAGCCCACACACGGUGUCUCAGCCUCUCCUCACCUGCCCCUCUCUCCCUGACACUGUCCCCAUGUGCUGACCCCACCUGUGCCACACCACCAGGGCUUCUUGUCACCCACCUGUGGGUGGGUCCUCCAUGGCCUCACUGCCAGUGCUCUCACCCCACACCAGGCUCCUCUAAGCUUUGCAUUGUUUGUGUGAUGCUGCUGUUUCUCAUGUCCCAUCCCAGCCUGCCCAGCUCACCCCAGCCUGCACACAUCCCCCACAGCCCCUUUCCCAUCACCGUGGCUUCUUGUCCUUGUGCCCCUCGGUUGGACUCCAUGAGCUCAGAGGUCUUUUCCAACCUUCAUGAUUUUGUGAUUCUCUGAUCACCUGCAGGUCCCAGCCUCCUCCAAAGCUCACUCCAUUAAACUGUCCCUCCCUGAGGUCCUCCAACACCCACCGUGACCCACCUCUCCUUCUUUUGCUCCUCCAUCAUCUUUCAUGUCCUAUCCCUUUCGUCCCUGCUCUUUCAUACCUGCUCUUUGAUCCCCUAUGUCCCAUCCCUCUUUAUUCUGCUCUUUCAUCACCCACCUAACCCAGCCCAGCCCUCCUUCCUGUCACCCUCCAUCACCCUCUACCCCAUUUCACCUUCCUGUGCUCCAUCACCUACCAUAUCCCAUCCCUUCUCCUGUGUGCCUCCUUCUAUGUCCCACCCUUCCUUCUGCUGCUCCUCCAUUGUCCACCUAUCCCUCCUUCCUGUGCUGUCACCCACUGUGUCCCAUCCCACCCUGCCACCCUCCUCCAUCACCCACCAGGUCCCAUCUUUCCUUUCUGUGCUCCUCCAUCAGCCAGCAUGUCCUGUCUCUCCUUCCUGUCCUCCUGCAUCCUCCAUCAUGUCCUAUCCCUUUAUGUGCUCCACUGUCACCCAUGACCUCCUAUCCCUCCACAUCCCACCCCUCCUUCCUCAUGUUCCAGAGUGUGCUAUCAGCUGUGUCCCAUCCCUCCCUGCCAUGCUAUGCUCCUCCAUUACCCACCGUGUCCCCUCCCACUCUCCCUGCAUCCUGGGAAGAUACACUACAUCUUCUCCCUCCUUGUUCUUCUCCACCACCCACCAUCUCUGACCCCUGCUUCCUGUGCUCCUCCACUGCCCUCCAUAUCCACCUUCCAGUCUUCUUGUCACAUUUGCAUCCCAUCCCUCUCACCUGCUCCUCCUUCAUUCACCACACCCUGUUCCUUGUUAUCUUCAUUCAUCUCCACCAUCUCCUCAUGUCUUCUCUUCCUUCUUCACCUCCACCCUGCUAUCCAUCCUCAUCCUGCUUUGCCUCCAGCUUUCCGUAUUCAUGUCAACAUCUCACCAUCUCUUCUUCAGCUCCCACCAUGUCCUCUACAUCUUACCAUCAUCCUGUCCCUGCUUAUCCUCCAUUGGCUCCCACCUCCACCCCAACAUGUCCAACUUCCUCCACUCUUCAUUUUCUGCACACCUUUCUUCAUCCUCUUCUAUCUCUUCCUAUCUCCUCACUCAACUUCCUCCACUUCCCCAUCCCAAAAUCCACCCUCACCCCUCACCAUUUCUCCAUCUCCUCAACUGCGUCACCCAAAUUUGCCUUCUGCUCCUCCACCCUCACAUUUCCAAUCCCACCCUUGUGCUUUUCCAUUUCCCACCAUCUCCUUAUUCAUCCUACUCCAUUGCCCUCCAGUCUUUAUUUUCUUCUAUCCCUUAGAUGUCUCUUCAUCACUCCUGUCACCCUCAUCCAUAUCCCAGUCUCUUCAUCCUCCCUAAACUCUCUUUUCCUCUUCAUUGUCCUUUCCACCAUCUCCCAUACCUUCUCCCUCAUCCUCCAUCUCAUACUUCUUAUUCCUCCACCUCAGUCUCUGAGUCUCUCCUUCCUGUGACCCUCCACCUCCCAAUGUUCUUUUUUCCUGCUGUUUCACCUCUUGGCCUGUCCCUCUCAUACUUUACCUCUGGCUAUCUCACUAUUCCUUGUCAUUUGCCUCCACAGUCUCCCUGUUUCUCCUCACGCUUCUCCACCUCCCCCUAUCUUCCCAUCCCUCCUUAUCCUCAAAGUGUCCUUCCUACCUCAUAGAUUUCCCUUCCACCCCCUCCCUGAUCUCCAACCAUCCUUCUUUGGCUCAGAGCUUCCUCUCUUACUGUCCUUUCAUUCUCCUUCAUCUCCCACUCCAUCCUUACCUCCAAUUUUCUCCCAGCCUGGCUUCUCCCAUUUGUCCUCUCCUCCAUCCUCCCUGCACUCUUUUACUCCCAGCACAUCUGACUGCAGCUGAAAUUUUCUGCUUCCCUUCCUCCCUCCCCUGCCUUGUAUCCCAUUCCUUCCUGACCCAGGAAGGCCACCACGAGCUCAGCCACCCCUGAUGCAAGCAGGAAGGGCCCUUCCUGAUAUCAGGAAACACUUCUCCCUAGGGCUAGUGAAGCUGGAACUGGUCACUGGGGAAAGGGGAGGAUCUCUGCCUUUGGAAGGUUUCAGUUACUCAGCUAGAUAAAAGUCACCACUGUCCUGAUUUAGCAUUAGCAAUAACUAUUUUGGAACAUGGAGCUUGACUAGAUUCCCCUGGGAUCCCUUUGUGCACGCACAUCUUUGGGAGACUUCCCCAAGCAGUGAAGGAUUUCCAAGAGGGGCAAGACAUGGCUUUGAAUGCAUCGCUUGGGAUGCUGCAGGACAUGAGGAACUGUCCCUGCCACUUGCAGUGGCUCCAUGGUGCUCAAGCAGAACCACCACACACUGCUCAAGCAGGACCAUCCCAAGGUGCUCAAGCAGGACCAUUCCAAUACUACUCAUGGAGGACCAUCCCACACUGCUGAAGCAGGACCAUCCCAUGCUGCCUGAGCAGCACCAUCCCACACUGCUCAAGUUAGCCACCUUGUGCAUCUUGAGCAGGAUCACACCAGCCUGCUUGAGCAGGAAUACCACAGCAGGACCAUUCCAUGCUGUUCUAGCAGGACCACCCUAAUGCUGCUCCAGCAGAACCAUCAUUCUCAUUGAGCAGGACCAUCCCACACUGCCUGAGCAGCAGCACACUGUGCUGCUUGAGCAGGACCUAUCCAGGCUGCUUGAGCAGGAUCAUCCAAUGUGGUGGAGCAGAACCUUCCCAUGUUGCCCAAACAGGACCACCCCAUGUCAUUUGAGCAGAACCAUUCCAGGCUGUUCAAGUAGAACUAUCCCAAGGCUGCUUGAGCACCAUGGGCCAGGCCAAAGUGGCUUCCUGAAAGACUGCCAGCUCCCAGGCCAGUGAGCUAUCCCUGAGAUGUUCCCUCAGACCCUAGAGCCAGGGAUCCUUGCAUCAUCUUUUGUUUCCUUCCCUUGGGUUGGUUCAUGCAGAGCCAUGGCCAUCCCUUUCUAAUGGCCUUAUGGCUGCUCUAGGGCACAGGGCUGCUGGCACUGCUGCCAAGGGAAGGACAGGUCUCCUCUCCAUCCCAAGGGAGCCCCAUACCCUGAGGGACCUGCACACAGGGCCUCUUCAGAGCAUCCCAUGUCACUCACGCACAAGGGCCAACCAGCCUCGCUUCUCUGCAGACUUUGCCUUCCAAUGUUGGAGGCUCCCUGCCAUCCCAUGGAGGGGACCCUGCCCUUUCCAAGGGGAUGUGUCUGAGGGACUGUCCCACUGCAGUACAGGCAGGGACAGGGCAGCCAGUGUCUUGAUGGGGUGGGGGUGACAUUCCUGCCCAAAUGCCUUCUUGGCUGGGAAAUCUGGGGGAGGGAAUUUGCUACCUGUGUUAGGAACUAGCUGAACUUACGUGUCUCCCCAAGCUGGAUUUCUUACUCCAAAUGUUCAAACUGUUGUAUAUUGUACUGGGAUUUUUACAUUGAAUUAUUGUAGAAAACAAAAAAUUUAAACCAAGUCUGUUAAAAAAUAAACAUUAAAAAUCUCUA